CACCCCUACUCCUGAAAUUUAUUGCCGUUAUUGCGCAAUUGACUUGACUGACGUUUUCACAUGAAAAUUGUCUAAAAUGUUUUAUUUAUAAUCAAAGUAGAAACAAAUGUUCUAAUUAAUGGAGGAAUUUUUAGUGACGAUUAGGCCGCUGCAAAAAUGGAAGGUAGUGAAGGAACCAGUCAGACAGAAUUAUAUACAGGCUGGUCAUCUGUAGUUCAUCAACCAUGUGAAGAUAUAGAAGAGAGUGAACUUCCUAGUACUGUUGACAUUACUGCAUUUAGCACGAAUCUUAAUGUAGAACCUUCGAAUUCUUCCAGUCAAGCUUUGAAUUCAGACAGUGAUAGUGAAUCUGAUGCUGAAUCCAGUAACUCGGGCAGUGAAGCAUCCCAUUCUGGAAGCCAGUCAGAUUCUUCAGAAUCAGAUAGUUCAUCCUCUAGUCCAGAUUCUACAUCUCGAAGUUCUUCUCCAGCUGAAUUUUCAGUGACCAGUUCCCAAACAGACGGUUUACGUUUGACGAUUGCAACAGUUAGAAAACCUGAAAGUAGUCCUUGUGAAGAUAAGUUAUCAGAAAAAGGAUCUGUAAGAAUUGACUCCUGUUCAGAGGUGUCAUCCGAAUCUGAAAGUGAAUCUCAGAGUACUAAUGGUGAAAAGCAAGGAAGAAAUAAGACUAAAUUAGGUGACAAGAAUAAAGAUUCUACUAACAAAGGAAAUGUUUCCUUGGUAUCCCUCAGUAAAGUUGAUAAAAAAUCUGACUUGAGAACGGUGAAAAAAGAUCAAUCCCCUUGCAAGGUGACAUCCAAAGGAAAAGUUAAAUCCAAAGUUUGUAAAAAAAUGACUUCUAUGGGUCGUGAUUAUUCUGGAUGCAGUUCUGAUGGAGAAUCCAAACAGGGCGAUGACAGUGCAGCUAUGUUAGCAUCUUGCAGCCUGCAGGAAAUCCGACAAGAAGAUCUGGCUGCCAUUUUGCCUGAUCAACAAGAUUGUGAUGCUUUUGGUAGUUUUGAAAAAGGUGGCAGUAGUAAAAAUGGUAUUAAAAGAUCACCUGAGGGAGAUAUGUCAGAUUCAGACAUGGAACUUCCCCAUCAAGCUGUUAAUGCUCUUAUUCAAAGAACAACAGAGAGUUCCAGUGAAUCGGAGAACGAACUACCGAACCCUCCCGCAUUAUAUGCCAACAGCCUCCUCCAGCAGUUUGAGGUUCAAACACAAAUGCUAAGUACUCAAGUGGCUACUUGCAAUGGUAAAAAAACACCUGUACAGUGCAAAAACGAAACAAAUCACAAGAGUGAUGAACAUCCUAUAGCUCCUGAAAAAAUAAAAAAACGGAGGGGUAGACCAAAAAAGACUUCUGAUUCUAAAUUUAAUACUUUGAAAACAGCAAAAAAUCAUAACAACAGCUACUCUCUGAAUCCAAAUGUAUCUCCAGACAGUGGCAUUCAAAACAGUCCCGAUCAUAUAUCUAGUCCGGAACCAACACUUCUCAGAAAUUCUGUUUAUAAGGAAGAAGCGAAAGACAAGUCUAUAACUGAGAAAAAAAAGAUACCUCCGACAGAAAAAAAGAUUAAUACCAAACUAUCUGUCACAACUGAUAGAUUGGACAGGCACUUUUAUGGACAUUCUGAGAGGACACUUUACCCACCUAAACGAAAGGUGGGAAGACCAUCUGCAACAUCAACAUGUAAAAAGGAAGUUGGUAGUAAAACUACAAGACAAUCAAGUAACAGUUUAGAGAAAAUAGAGAGUAAAGUAUCCAAUAAGGGGGAGAAAAUCCUUAGAGACAAAAAGAGCAGAACGCAAAAUGAGAAAAACACAAAGUCUACUGAUGCAAAGCAACAUAACUUGUGUAAUGAGGGAACGACCAAAAAAUCAAAAUCCAGCAUUUUAUUCGAAAUUUGUGAGCGGGUCAGCAAGAGAUUAGAAGGAGGAGCAAAGAUUGGAAGUAAGCCCCCUUCAUCAUCUAAAACGAAUAGUAAGGUACAGUCAAAUCUUCAGUCUAACAGAGUUCACAAACCUCUUACAUCUGGUCAGAACAAAUCUGAAGCCAGGCAAAAAGUAAUAGCCUUGAAGAACGCCAAAGUAAUGCACAGCAAGCAUCGUCACAAGAUCCAUAAAAAACGCAAGUUCAGAAUCUUGAAACCUUUGGCUUUUGUAACUCAGGAUCCUAAGAUUAAUAUGGAAAUAGACAAGUUAGUGAUUGAUUUCACUAAGCUGUACAUAUCCAACAAUGUCAGAGCGUCCAAGGAGAACAUCCCGGAAUUGCUAAAGACGAUCAAGAGGGUGUCGAAAAAAAGGAAAACCAACGAGUACGAAAGAAAGAAGAAGAAGCAAAACGUGAACGCGACCGUUAACAAGAUCGAAAAUUCCAACGAACAGAGGCUGCCUCUGAAAAAGAGGCAUUACCACAUAUCAGCCACGGAAAGUAAUAAAACAGAAGAGGAAAAAAAAGAAGCAAAAAACGAGGAGGAAGAUCAAACUGUAAAAGGUACCGGGCAGACGAUGCACAUCAUCAACAAUAACAAUCUCAACGAUUGCCACUCGAAGGAUGUCCACAUCGAAGAGGCCAUCGAGGCUUGCAUCAAUCGAUUCUCGGAGGUCACACCACCCGAAUCGACUGUCAAAUCGGCAGAAAAAGUUUCAACGACUGUGAGCGCCUCUAUAACCGCGACAACGCCCAAGAAGAGGCAUAGAUUGGCUGUAAUGGAAACGCAAAGCGAACAGGCCAAAUCUGAUCUGUUCGAGUGCCACAAACGUCCCAAGACUUCCAUAGAGAGCGUGGUGACAGAGCUUAAGCUGAAGAAGAGCCUGUCUCCCCGAGGAGAAGAGAAGAGACCCGAAAGCGUGGCGCAAAUGAUAACGCGCAAGAAGAACAGACUCGAAGAUCUCACCUCCAAUCUGGUGCUGAAGAUCAACCCUGCCUUGGAGUCAGAGAAGAAAAAAUCGGAGAACAGCAAGAACUGUCAGGUCAAGUAUCCCCCUUGCAAGAAGGCCAAGCCCACAGAACUGGAACAGUUGAACAAAAUCACUUCGGCCCAGCCGACUGGGAUUUUUAUGCCGACAGUGGAGAUGGAAUUCGCCUCGGUCUCAGAUCUUUCAGAGAAGGAGAGAAAGGUUGAAGGGGAAAAGUUGGAAAGUCAAGGAGGUCGCGUAGAGCCUUUCGAGACUACCGCGUUGGGAGCCGCGAAUCAGACGGCUGAGAAAGCUGCUCCGGAUACCGUCAAAAAGAAGGUGCGCAAAAGAAGAGCACCCAAUAGGACGGGAUUUCCGACGGUUAAGAAAAAGAAGAAGAAAACGAUUCCGGUGGAAGAGAGCGGGACUUGUGCGAAGAAUGGGCAGGUCUGCGACAGGGUUCCAGUUGAUGGGGAGGAAUAUAUGAGCUUCCUCAGUCGAACGGAAAACGGAGAUAAUUCUGUAGUUCUUAAAUCGUCCAUACAAGAGGACGUUUCGUCCAAGGCGAAAUCUUCAGAACAGGAAAGAUGGGACGCCAUGAGCGAGUGCGACAGUUUGCCGCAGGAUGAGCGAACGGAGCUCGAUCUGGACGAGUUUCAACUGGGACCGGACUACGCGAUGAGGGAGGACUCGCCCACCACGUCCGUGGACACCAGAGACAGUGACAAGACGGGAACGGAGUUGGACCUGGAGGAUCUGCCUUUGGGAAGACGGCUGGACGGCAGACAGAAAAGGAAUAUGGCGGACAGGGCGUGUCGCAAGAGGAGGUUGCAGGAUCGGGGGUCGGCCAACAGCAACGCGGAAGGAAAGGACGUCAGAGCGUCGUCGUUGAGCGACGAAAGAAAAUCAAAGAAGGUGCCGAGGUGGAAGAAACGCUACCUUGUUGCCGGGUUGUUUUCAGAUUAUUACAAGGAGGACGACGAGGCCACCAGAUUGAGGAGGAAAGAGAACGCGUGCAAGUACGCAAAGGCCCCCUACGUCCCCUCCGAGCAUCCGUACGGACUGUUGCCGCCCCCAUACCACUGCGGCAAAUACCUGCGAUGCCGGAACGUGCCCUUCCAGCUCCCGCACGACCUCUGGUGGCAGCACACGCACUCCCAGCUACCCGGUCGUGACGUGGUCCCAUCCUGGAACUACAGAAAGGUCAGGACGAACGUGUACAACGUGAAGACGACUACAGGAACGGCCUGCGAGCCUCAGACCUGCAACUGCACGCCGACGCAGAAGUGCGGCGACGAUUGCAUCAACCGUCUGGUGCUGUCCGAAUGUCCGGCCAACGUCCACAGAUGUCAAAACCAGAAGAUUCAGAGGCACGAAUGGUCGCCAGGUCUGGAAAAGUUCAUGACCGACGAUAAGGGCUGGGGAAUACGCACGAAGCUGCCGAUCAGAUCGAACGAGUUCAUCCUGGAAUACGUGGGCGAGGUGGUGUCCGACCAGGAGUUCAAGGAGCGUAUGGGCACGAUCUACGCGCAGGACACGCACCACUACUGUCUGCACCUGGACACCGGCAUGGUGAUCGACGGUCACCGGAUGGGUGGCGACGGCCGGUUCGUGAACCACUCGUGCGAGCCGAACUGCGAGAUGCAGAAGUGGUCCGUCAACGGCCAAUUCAGGAUGGCGCUGUUCGCACUGCGCGACAUCCGCGCCGGCGAAGAACUGACCUACGACUACAACUUCUCGCUCUUCGACCCGGCCGAGGGCCAGGAGUGCAAGUGCGGCAGCGAGGUGUGUCGAGGGGUGAUCGGGGGCAAGUCCCAGAGGGUGCGCAGGCUGCCGCCGGUGACGGCGACCAAGCAGGUGGGCGGCGGUCGUGUGGGACGGCCGAGGAAGCUGACGGCGGCCAAGAAGGCGCCGGAGUCGAAGGAGGCGACGUCCGGUCAACAGCCUGAAACGCUGGCGAAGGAGGCGCCGAUGCAGGUCAAGCCCAUCAGUCACCAGCAGAAAUGUUACAUAUUGGAGCACCACUGCUUCCUGUUGAGGAACAUCAACAAGGUCAGGAAAGUAAAAGACCGCGCCGUGGGUAUUUCGUUCUUGAACCGCCCAUCGACGGCGCCCACAGUGGAUCAUGGAACCGCCUUUUUAAACCAUCUAAACGCCCUGCAGAAGCCCAGAAACAUGAAGACCAGAAGGAUCGCCCAGGCCGAAGACAACCCCGACUUCAACCGAUCCGUCAAGGUUGCGUCCGUCCUCAAGGACAUCUACAACACCGUCGUCAACUUCAAAGACGAGAACGGCAGCGCUACACCCCUUGCAGCUCCUUUUAUGAAUCUGCCUUCGAAACGCAAAGCCCCUGAGCUGUAUCAGUUGAUAAGCGACCCCAUAGAUUUCGUAAGUGUCGAGCAGAACAUCGCCAAAGGCGCCUACCGUUCCACCGAUUCCUUCGACAACGACAUGAACAGGGUGCUGUUGACUUUCACAAAAUUUUUCGGCUGCUCCAGUGAGCAAGGCAUAGCCGCCAUCCGACUAAAGAAGAUCUACCAGGAAACCAAACGAGGGAGUCUCUCCAAGUUCCAGGAUUUGUUGGGAACAAAACCACCAGCCAAUUUUGUAUCCAAAAAGGAUAAAAGUGAAGAGGAGGAUAUAAUUCGAUGCAUCUGUGGAAUGUACCAUGACGAGGGUCUGAUGAUCCAGUGCGAGCGUUGCUUAGUAUGGCAACACUGUGAGUGUGUGCGUGCUGAUCCUGCAGCUCCCAGUUAUCAUUGUGAGAUUUGCGUUGCUAGAGAAGUCGAUUACGAAAUAGCUAUGGAUGAAUUCACAGAGCACGGACACAGAUAUUACAUGACAUUGAUGAGAGGUGAUUUACAAUUAAGACAGGGCGAUACGGUUUACGUAUUGAGAGAUAUAUCCAUACCGGGCACCAAUGAAAAACAUAACUAUAAAACCAUCGGAAAAAUGGAAUAUAAUGAUUUGGAUAUCUUCCGGAUCGAGAGACUUUGGAAGGAUUCCAGUACAGGACAGAGAUAUGCCUACGGUCACCAUUAUCUCAGACCUCACGAAACUUACCAUGAGCCUACCAGGAAAUUCUUCCAGAAUGAAGUAAUGCGUGUACCGCUCUAUGAGGCUGUUCCUGUUGAACUAAUCAUAUCUCAGUGUUGGGUUCUGGACUUGAACACCUUUUGUAAAGGUCGACCAAUAGGAGCAGAUGAAAAACACAUCUACAUAUGCGAGUACAGAGUGGACAAAUCAGCCCGGCUUUUUCACAAGGUGUCCAAAGCCAAAUAUCCUAUAUGUACAAAAAGCUACGUUUUUGAGAAAUUCCCAGAGAGAUUGAAAAUAAGCAGGACAUACACACCACACGAGUUGGGUGAUUCUUCCGCUAUAAAAUCAAAGUCUAGAAAAACUCAAGACGAGAAGCCAGCAAGUGUGGCAGAAUUAAGACCUGCUUUAGCUCCUAGAGUGAGGGAUUUGAAUGAGCAGAAGACUAGACUGAACGAUAUUUUGUUGAAAUUGUUGAAUAAAUUACCUGUUAAGCAGGCGCUUGACGUUUCCUACUUGUUGGAAGGAGGAAGGAGGAGGAAAAACAAAAGUUUAAAGAUAAACCAGUGAAUCUAAGUGAUAUUUUGUACAUUUUUCCGAUGAUUGUUCCAUUUUUCAAUCGGAACAAGUUGAAUUUCUGAGAACUAGUCAUAGCUUGUUACAAGUAUUUAUUAUAAACUUUCUUACUUUUAAUUUAUUUGUUGACAUGUUCCCAUUGUCGUAUUGAGAUCUUUAUUAAUGUGGAGGAAUUCAUGUUAUUGUUCUGUUAAUUUAUAGAGGCUUUUGCCCCAUUUUGUUAGCCUCUAAGAAUAUUAAAUUCUUGAAUUUUUAAUUAUUGCAAGUAAAUUUGUUUUAAGCAUAAUUCAAGUUAAUAGGCACUAUGCACUUUUUCAUAAUUUUAAGAUUCUUCUUGUUUUCAUGUACUAACUGAUAUUUAUUUUCUCAAUGCUGCUGUAAAUAUUUAUAAACCACGAUUUUGUGGAUCAUUAAUUUUUCAAUUGUUGAGCUAUUGUAUUGUAUCAAUUGUUGCGCAAAUAUUUUAUUGAUUGUACACUCAUAUUUCGAAUAAAUAUUUAUUUUGUUUUUUUUUAACACUAAUUUGCUUAUUAUUGUAGCAUCACAUUUUAAUUCUGAGUAAUUUUUUACAGUUUAUGAUGACUCAUAAGGACACAGUUUGUAACAAUAAAUAAAUGUAUAUUUUUUGA